UGAAGAGAGACUUUCAGAGGCACAUAACAAAGAUCCAGCGGACACAGGGCAGCAUUAGCAUUUAUUUGUUGCUGUGUUUACGUCCACCAGAUGAAUGUCUGCCUGCUUCACCUGAAAACAAAACAAAGACAUGGAGAACAUCUGAGGCACAUCAGGACACUAGGGGCCCAGCAGAUGGGUAUUCAUCUCUACAUGACUCCUGAGCUUUUACAUGUGAGCAGCCACAGCCUGAAGUCACAGUUCUGGUGAUCAGAUCUGCUUCUGGGCUCUAAAGAUUUAAGAUCUAGAUCUUUAGGCCUUCACAAGUGGUCUUAGAGUCUCCACCUGAUGAAAUCGUGGAGUAUGAGGGUGAGCCGAGUUCUGCCGCUAUCCGUUUUGCUGGUGGGACUCUGUCAGGCCCACUGUGCCCCUUCAACAGGUGUUCCCUCCACGGCCGGUGAGGUGAAGAUGCUGUCGCUGGGACUGGCUCACCUGCUGCAGGCGGUGGGGGAGAACAGGGAGAGGCUGGAGCAGCAGGGAGAGCAGGUGGCAGCAGAGCUGGACAGGUCCACAAAGAGUCUGGAGAGCUUUCGUAAGCAAAGUUUACAGGCAGGACGGACUCACAAGCAGGUGAGGAAGGACCUGCAGAUACUGAGCGCCAGGGGGGACAGGCUGUGGAGGGCGGCCAGAGAUCUGCAAAAGGGGCUGGCGGAUCUGGAGACAGAGCAGGGAGCCAUGCAGCACCGGAUGGACUGGAUCCUACAGAGAGUGAGGAGCCUGACCGAGCUGAGGACAGGGCCUCAAACUCAACUUGAAAUCAGCGCCAUGAAGGUCAUUAUUGAUAAACAGGCCGAGCGGCUCGCCAGUCUGACCGCAGAGGUUUCAGGCCGGGACCGAAUGAUUGACAGACGCCUGCAGCACAUUGACCACCUGGAGAAACAGGUGUCUGACAGUCUCCCAGCAGCACUGAGGGCAGAACCUGACUCCGACUGUGUCUGAUGAGCACAGCUGCAUCAACACAGCCACUCUGAACCAGUCCACUCGCACGCUGCGAUGAGGAUGACUUUGUAAAGCCGACAAAAUGAACUGCUCUGAAAGUCAAACAAGGGUGUGUCACAACCAACAAAUGUGUCUUAUUUACAUAAAUACACAUUUGGGUAACUUUCCAACACAACCUGUCAAUUACUACAAAAACAUUUAUAUUAUGUUAUAUAUAUAUACGAGUAAUAUGUUGUGUUUAAAACUAUUGUCAAUGUGUGUUGUCCUCUGUUUGAAAAUGGCUCAAAAACAAAACUUGUUCCUGACACAUCAUGUGUGGCUUUGACUUUCACAAUAUAUUGUGGUUGAUGAUGGCGGUGAAUUGCCUUGUGCAGAAACUUUGCUCAUGCAUACCCGAAUAAACAGACGCACACUGAGGUCAGAGAAACGUUCAGACUAGUGUUGUAAUACUCGAGACUGGUCUUGGUCUCAACAAGUUGGUCUAACAACACACACAACUGACUAAAAUAAAAAUACAUAAUC